AUGGGCCGCCUGGGCACCAGUCCCGCCUGGGACUGCAGAGAGAAGGCAAGCCAUCCCUUCCUGAAGGCCCAGGAGGAGGAAGAGGGGGAGGAUAAAUAUGAGCUGCCCCCCUGUGAGGCUGUGUCCCUCAAUCUAGCUCCUGCCCACACUCCUGGCACUGAAGAGGCCUCCUUGUACCUGGGGCAGCAUGGCGAGGCCUCAGUGCCAAGUCCUCCAAAAAAAUCUGACAAGGACAUCUACCUGGAGUGUGAGCCUGAUCCAGUCCCAGCCUUGACUUAGACUCUGAGCUCCCAAGUCCUGAUGCCCCCAAACCCUCUGCCAAAGACAUUAGCUCACCAUAGCCCCCCAGAAAGCUCAGAAUGUAAGAGGCUGGUGGUCAGGGAGGAAGCUCACCAUAGCCCCCCAGAAAGCUCAGAAUGUAAGAGGCUGGUGGUCAGGGAGGAACGAGCAGUGGAUGCCACCCCUAAAGGACUCAGUCUAGGGAACGCAGACAUGAACACAACUAACUGCGCCCGGGGCUCUCUGCUCCCCAUGCCUGAUCUGGUGCCCUGGCACAUCUCUGAGUGGCUAUGUGUGUAUGGCAGCCUGCUGGGUCAGCCUUGGUACUUAGGGAACUGCGGCCAUCAUGCCACUGAGAGUGCCCUGCUCUGCUUCCAAAAGGACGGGGUCUACACCAUGAGCCCCAGCUGAAGGCCUAGCAGCUCCCAACCCUUCACCCUGGCAGUGCUCCUCCAAGGCCAGGUUUCCAACAUUUCCAUCCGGUGCCUGGAUGGCGGGCACCACUAUGCCCUGACCUGGGAAGGCAGGAACCUCCAGCAACUCUUCUCCUCCUUGGCUGCCAUGGUCCAGCACUAUGUGCAGCAGCCCCUGCCCCUUGUGGACACACACAGCCACAGCCAGUCUCCAUCCCAGUUCCUGCAGACCCUGCAUGAGAGGCAGUGGGAAAGGUCGCUCAAAGACGGGAAGAGUCCUGGAGACGCCACCCCGUGCUCACCCCAUGCUUACACUGCCCCUUCCCUGCUGUAUCUCCAAGGCUGCAACCCAAUCCCCAGCAUCCAGGAAUGGCGGUGUCUGCCCUGUCUCACUCUUGCUCGAGACCCUCCUCGGGUCUCCGUUCCUUUGCCCCGUAGCCCUCAGCUCUGCUCUCAGGACAUCCCAGACAGCAGCCCUGAAGCCGGCAAGAGAGCACUGGGCGGAGACCAUGCCCAACCCUCUCUGAGUGGCCACACACCCACCUCCCCGACCCCUCGCCCACCCUUCCAGCAGCUCUUGCAGCUGAUGGAACUGCUGAGGCUGGUGAGGGCAGGCUGCGCAGGCUGGUGGGCAGGCUCUCAGGCCUGCCAGGGAGUCCCAUGGUGGAGCUGGAGGCUCAUUGAAAAGACAGUCAUUGAGACGUCCCAGUUCCAGGGUCCACGCCAAGACCUCCUUUUACUCUCCUAUGCUGUCACCUAUGCCUUGUGGUCAGAGAAGAGGGAUCUAAAAGAGAAAGCUCAGCUCCUGGCUCUGCCCCAAUCUUGA